AUGGAGUCGAUACUCGACAGAGAUAUUGUCUUGGCGGUUGAUAUGGAUGAACUCGGUGUACGUCUGAGCAAUUGGACUGAUGGACCGAUUGAUGAAUCAAUGAAUGAUUAUUUUGGAAAAGAAAAAGCCAUUGAUUUUAAUGUUUUCUCUGCUGAAAUUCAAUUGACAACGAAUGGAUUGAAAAUGACAAGUGAUGAAGAAGAUUCAGCACUAUCAAAUGACAAUUAUGAUAUCGAUCCUGAAACAGGUGAGAAAAUCUUUCGUCAACCGACUUUCGCAUCACCACCAUCAAACGAUAAAUGGAUCGAAGAAUAUUUAUCUGAAAUUGAAUCUGUCUCGAAUCAAAUCUUGCCGGUAACAACAAACAGUAGUACUAUCGAUAUCAACUUUGACGAAAUCCCAUUCCCAUUUCUCGAAAACACAACCGCUGAACUCGAAUCUGAUUGGCUUUCAACACUCAUUGACCUCGAAGAAACCAGUGAUAGCAAUAUGUUCAGUGACCCAGUGGUUCUAACCAAUUCCGAAGAUAAAUCGAAUCAAUUAAUGACAACAUCAUUAUCGUCUAUGUAUAUUCCUCUAGCUAGUGAAAAUAAUUCUCAAUCGACUUUAUUCAAUACUUUACAUCCUUCAACUGACGAUGAAUAUUCUACAAGUAGUAGUAGCAAUAGCAGUCGUCAGCAUAAAUUAUAUUCUCUAGACCAAACGACAUUUGUUGAAACCAAGUUAGAAAAAAUGGAACCGGAUGAUGAUUCAAUGUCAGCAAUGCUCGGACGUCGUGCCAGUACACGUUCUGUUUAUCAAGGACAACAAGACGAAGAAGCGUUGCAACAAUUGAAUAUUCCCUUGACAGUAGAUGAAAUCACUCAAUCAAAUACGGAAGAAUACAAUCGAAUUCUUGUGCGUUUGAAUCAUUUAAGUCCAGAAAAAUUACAUCUAAUCAAAGAUAUUCGUCGGCGUGGAAAGAAUAAGAUUGCUGCACAAAACUGUCGAAAACGAAAGGCGAUCAGUGUCGAAGCGUUAUUAGAAGAAGUCGAUGAACUCAAACGGGUUAAACAUGACCUUGAAGAACGAAAGCGACUCUAUCAGCAACAAAUCGAAGAAACACGCCAACAAUAUGAAUAUCUUCAUCAUCAAGUGUUACCAGAUCGUCAAUUACCACCAGCAAUUAGUGUUCAGUAG